CCUGCGGCAAUCCGUAGUGUAUUGAUUCUUGAGCAGUAAACGUGUUGUCAAGGUUAGGUAUAGAAACAGAACAGGAUUCACUCUUUCCGGAUAAAACUCAACAUUUACAGGUAUCUACUUGCACUUUAUCACGUCGAUAACAAACUAUAAUUUGGGGACUGGGACAAGGAUAGCUUUGUAGUUAGCAAGUUAACUCUGGUCUUUCGCGCGACGACAACGAGUUGCCUCUGCACUCUUUUGUCGCGUUCCAUUUUACCAUAUCCUUUGAUCAAAGCAAAUGUGUUUCUGGAUAAGUUGUCUCUGUCUGUACAGGGUGCCAUUACUCCAAAAUAGGAAAACGACUUGAGCACUUUGUAUACCGCCAGACUAGCUCUGGUCCACGCGAAAACGUCAGCGCGUAACGCUAAUUGGAAAUCCGACGCAUGCGCGUGGACCAGUGCUAGCUACGAUAGCUCCUGUUUAAUUGUUUGUCUUCCAUCCAACUAAACGUUGCUACCGAGCUAACACAAUGAAGCCGCCCUCUCGUUCUCGAAUACAACCGACGCGCUAUGUUAACAAGAAGACCGAAAAGACAGUCUCGAAGCGAAAACCAACGUUCGCGUGCACGGGAUGGAGUCGGACGGAGCAACAGGUCCUGCUGCGGUGCCUCAACAAGCAGAACAAGAUGACUGGCGGGAUUCACGGGGCAAUAGACCUAGAGGCCCUGCACGAAAAACUUCCCAAGCAGUCCAGAGAAGAAAUCCAGUCCCAGUUGGAGUCUCUGAUGAUGCGUGUGCUGAGAGCGGUGGUGGGCCAGGUGAAGAAGCAGAGGUCUGAGCAGAAGGCAGCCCUGAAGCCCAUCCAGAUGUGGGCUGAACUGGCCCAUGAUAUGGCUGGAGCUCUGGAGGAACCCAUUACCUCAGCCUUCGCUCAGAUGCUAGUCAUCUCAGCCACAGAGCCCGGCAGCCUGACCAACUCUGACCCGCCUCGAGAAGACUAUCUCCCUAAGCAACAACGCUCCAACUUCAAGACCAUCCCACCUAGACCCAUACCCACCCCUAUCUCCCAAAAAAAACCAGCCCCCUCAGGGGUAUCUAACAGCCCUAUAGUGUUUAACAUUGCUUCUACACCCCAACCACCACCUGCAGUCUCUGUACCAGUCUCUGGUGUUCCUGCCACCCAGCCGUCCACAAUGAACCCCGCUUCUGGCGCGUCCAAACAGAGAGGCAGGACCACUACACCAGCCUCUACGGUUGGAGCCCUACCCCAGCCUGGUUGCUCUAACUCCAGCAUCCUCAGUCAGAUUCAAGAAGGGUCUGCCAUUUCCACUCUGCUUACAGUACCAAUGCCUGUACAGUCCCUUUCUGCCUCAUCGUCUGGUCCUACUACAACACUGCAGUCCCAGUCGGUGGCACAAGGUGGCGCGCAUGGGCAGACCAUGCCCAACGUCCCUACCACUCAGCUGGCAGUGAUGUCCUCUCCUGCCCCUGCCGAUGUGUCAAAACAACAACAGCCCUCUGCUGCAGCCUCCUCUAUUAGGCCGCAGCCUCAGCAUCCCGGGGCUGGGCCAAGGAAAAGUAAACAUGCGGAUGAGAACACACCUAGAUACACAGGCCUGGGGAGCAUUGUGGACUUUGAGAAGAUCUAUCGGUUCUUAAGUACGGUCCAUGUGCAGAGUGAAUGCUUCAAACUGACUCCUAUGGAAAGUGCUAUAAUACUGGACCUGCUGAUGUCUCUGCCUGAAGAGCUCCCCCUCCUGGACUGUGCCAGACUGCAGCACCACCUGCUCCAGGUCCAUGAACGGUUCUCAGCCCCAGUUCCCAAAGUGACCCAGGAUGGCACCGGUACUGGGAGGCCCUGGUCCUCAGCAGCGGGAGAUCAAAGAAGACAAGAUGGAGCAACAGAUGGAGGAGCAAUACUUGUUGCUGUGACAACGCCCCCAAGUCUAGAUGCUGGUGACAAGGUGGGGGCCCCACUUCAAGUACAACAGGGGAGUCAGGUAGGAGGAAGAGGUGUGGCUAAUAGUGGAAUCCCAGAUGGUCUGGGAAGUGAUGGGAUGGAAUGCACCUCAACCAAUCAGGGUGUGGCUGCAACGGUGGUGCCUGCCAACCUGGUCGCCGGGUCUUCCAAUUCCGUUGCUAAGGAUGGGGCUGUGCCGUUGCAGGGGAGUACAGAGGAAAGAGCGGGAACUGAGACUGUCGCGCCUUCACAGGACAAUGGACAAGCCCAGGGACAAACUCCCUCGACCAAUGACACGUCAGCAAAGUCAGGGACGGCUACGCAAAGAAAAUCUGACUGGGAGAAGGCGGGACUCUGUCCCCUUAACCCCUUCAUGGUGCCUUUGAAACUGUUGGCACGGAAACAGAUCCAGUCGCUGGACGAGGCUGUGUUACAGUAGCCUCCAUUUUGUUUUAUAUUUUGAGACGGAAAAAACUAAAUAGCUGACAACUUGAGGAUUUCAUAGAAUGUUCUAAGCCUUAGAUUAGUACAGCAGUACUUACGUUCUUUAAAAUGUCUCACUUUAACCUUCAUUCAUGGUUAAUUUGAUUGUGGUUUGUCAUUUUUGGUUGCUUUGAUAUUAUGCAGUUUACAAAAAUGAGUCAGGAAAUAAAUCUUUGUUUUUAUUACACA